GUUUCGGUUUCGGUUUUAGGGAAACAAACUUUAGUUUUACAUCCAUGGAUCAUUUGAAGAGUAGCCCAUCCGAUGGUGUGCCAGAUCCAGCUCUGACAUUAGAAAUGGUUUGCUCUAAUCCUGCCGUCCGCGAAGUUUUCACUGACUAUGAAACGAGUAUGAUAUUUAAAGAAAUCGAGGAAGAUCCAAGGACAUUAAACAAAUAUAAGGGAAACGAGAAGGUCCAGAGAUCCCUUGGAAUAAUACAUGAUCUACUGCAAGAUGUCAUGUCAUCUAGUGGUCCACGACAACAGUUUUUACAACACCCAAGUAUUAUACAGAUGGUGACACAAAUGACUUCACUACAGGAAUCUGAAGAAUCACAGGACCUUUUGAGACAGAUUGUUCAUUCCUCGAAAAAUGGAGAACAGGAUCACUUGCAGCAAUUAUUACAACAGCUUUUACAACACCCAAGUAUUACACAGAUGGUGACACAAAUGACUUCACUACAGGAAUCUGAAGAAUCACAGGACCUUUUGAGACAGAUUGUUCAUUCCUCGAAAAAUGGAGAACAGGAUCACUUGCAGCAAUUAUUACAACAGGUCUGCAGUGGAAUUAGUCCGCCAAGCUUACAAAUACCAUCUCAAUGCCCAUCUCUGAAUUUACCCAUUCCUAAUGGACACCCUUUGUCAAAUCCUCACAUGUCUCUUCCACAGACUUCUCCUAAUAUCCCUUUAUCUGAGGGACCUUCAGACAGUAACCAUGGACACUCGAAUAUCAAAAUGUCAAAGCAGAAGACAUCUAUGCCUUUACCAACUAGAGGUGAAUACACUCCCUCCUGUCUUUCUCCUAAAAAGAAAAGAGAAAAUAAAAAUGUGACAUCGAAUGAGGACCAACACAUCUCUGUCCUCCCUCCAAAAAAAACCCUUCACUUUAAUGGCUAGUGUCCAUGUUUGAAAAGUGGAAAUAAAAUCCUGUUUAAGGUUCAUGACCAGACCUCCAGUAAAUAUUAUUUGCUAUUGAAAUAGUUUGUACAAACACCAGGGUGUUUGCGAGAUUAGCUAUGGUUUUACCUGUGUUUCUUUUUCCUAAUAAAUCAAAUUGUUGGUUUGUUUACUGCGAGGAUAAGUAGAAACUUCAAAAAAAUGUAUCUCAAAACAGGUAACAGGUACAAAAUUAUACUUUUCUAUGGAUAACCAUAUGACAUUUACAAAGGUACUCCUAUGCUUGAAUUCUAAAAAUACAUUUUAGAUUUUGACUUUCAGUGUUGCAAACUCACCUACCCUAUGUAACAACAGACCACUUCAGAGGGGUAGGUACAUGUGUCAGUGAUUUUUGGGUAUUUAUAUUCAAUACUCAGGUAACAUAUUGAUAGCAUAUUGAUUUUAUGUCAGAAGUGUGGACAUGUACCUUAAAGACUAGUAUCAAAGUAAUCAGCAGUAGGCCUCUCACAACUAAUAAUUUUACAAUGGUAACACCAGCUCAUCAAUGGCUCAUUAACUUGAAAAUUCAAAUGGAUAGAUUUAAGGACAUAUAAAAGAGCACAUUGGUACCGGGUACUUGAAAGACGAUAACCCGGACACAAGUGACAACGCAUUUACAAUGGAUCAUGGAAUACCCCUACAUGGGGCAUUCCCAUCUUUUUACACCUGUAGUCCUACAUAAUUGUACUUUCAGUAGCAGUGUAUACUUUGCUUUUCAAAUCUUAAGACCUUGGCCUCUAUGCUCCUAUACAGGGAGUACCUAUUUCAUAAUUUUUAGGUCAUCUGACCUGAAGGAUCAGGAUGACCUGUAGUCACUAUGCUUCCCCCGUCUCCGUCUUCCAUGCGUAGAUUUUUCACAUGUCAAGUUCCAUCAGUAGGAUCAAAUCAAACUUGGCUACGAUGAUCCCGAGAUAGUCCUGACCAAAUGUGUGUGUUGUAAUUAUUUUGGUCUGUCCAAAUCAAGAUGGCCACCAAGGCCAACUGUUGAGUACUUGCUAUUGAGUAUGUAUACUACAAUAUUACAAGGAUCUUUAGAGAUGACAUUGAAGCACAUGGGCCUCUUGUUUUAAAGUUAUUAUGUAUACUGAAGGAAAUACUUUCAAACUUCAGAAACAUCUUUUUUCUGUAGGGCCUUUUUCCAGGAGCAGCUGAUUGGCUAAAUAAGUUAUGAGAGACUUUCACAGCAGCUGAUUGGUUGAAUUUGUUGUGAGAGACUUUUGUAGUAACAUAAUAGCUUAAUUAGUUGUGCAAGAUUUUCACAGAAGCUGAUUGGCUGAAUUAGUUGUGCGAGACUGGCUUUGGGUUCAUAUGGGAGAAAACUGCGUAAAGAGAAUGACAUUUGUAAGAAAAGGUUUAACUCUGAUACUUAACAUAAUCUUACCGAUAUAAAGGAGAAAGUAAUAAAGUCUAUUAGCCCUUCAGGUUUGGAGUAAAACUUCAGAUAACCAUACUUGCUUCCUUUACAUCAACAUGAUUCAUCUGUUAAAGGGGGCGCGGUGGCCGAGUGGUUAAGGUGUCCCCGACACUUUAACCCUAGCCCUCCACCUCCGGGUUGCGAGUUCGAAACCUACGUGGGGCAGUUGCCAGGUACUGACCGUAGGCCGGUGGUUUUUCUCCGGGUACUCCGGCUUUCCUCCACCUCCAAAACCUGGCACGUCCUUAAAUGACCCUGGCUGUUAAUAGGACGUUAAACAAAAACAAACCAAAAAAAAAAAAAAAAAAACUGUUAAAGAAUCCAGUAGAAGCUUUGAUGGGUUUUUUUUCCCCACUUUAUUUCCCCGACUUGUUAAUUAAAGAUUUUUGUAACCAGACUUACAGUAAACAUUUUAAGCUUGCAGUGUACGUGAAAAUACAUGUCAAUACAGUUACACUUUGUACACUUCACAUUCUUAUUCAGACAGGUUUAAUAGGCAAAUUUAAUUUGCAGAGACUGAUGAAUCUCCUGAAUAUCUCAGCAUGUAUAUACAUAUAUAACAUACAAGAUGUAAUUGUAAUGUGAAACUUUUAUACAUGGUCUUAUCCAUUAAAUUAUGUCUGAUCUAA